AUGGAAUUUGAGACUACAGCUCAGCUCAUCUUUUAUGGGUUGCUGGUGUUUCUGGGGAUUUGGGGGAAUAUUUUGGUCUUGGUGACAAUACUCGCCACCACAGUGGAGAGCCACGGCCUCGCCGCCUCUGACAUCAUCCUAACCAACCUGGCAGCCGUCAACUUGCUCAUUUCCAUUUUUCGGAACAUCCUUCUGUUUAUUACGGAGUCGGGGGUGAAGAUUCUGCUGAGCCUCCACUGGUGCCGAGUGUUCAUGUUCCUCUGGGUGUGGCUGAAGUCUGUGAGCGUGUGGGUCACUUUCUGUCUGAGCUAUUUCCACUUUCUCAAAAUAAAACAGCACUUCCACCUGAGCACAAAGAUGAAGGAGAUCAUGUACGUGAUGGCGAUAUUAUUUGCGGUGUGACUUGUUAAUUUCCUCUAUGCAAUCCCAGCUUUCAUUUAUAGCCGGACUGCCAGUGGGAACGAGACGAAGAUCCUGAUGGUGGUCAGCACCACCAUGGAGCCUUUCCUGGGCUGUGUCUGGAAGUUCCCCACUCCGGAGAGCGGCAUAACGUUCGCAGUGGUCUCCCUCAUUCUUCAUGAACUCAUACCCAUCAUAUUCAUGGUCAGCACCAAUCUCAGCACCGUGUACUAUCUCAGCAAACACAUCAGGGUGAUCGCGGACGAGCACUUGCACAGUGUGCAAAUGGAGAGGACAGCAGCCAAGUUGAUCAUGACGCUAGUGACACUGUUUGUCCUGUGUACAGGCACCCACUUGCUGGCUGUCAGUUACUACAAUCACAAUGGGGGCACGUCCACUGCCUUUUUGUUGACCCUGGCAAAGUACUGCGCCACCGUGUUUAUAGGCUUCAGUCCUCUGUUGCUCGCUGCAGGACACAGCAAGUUGCGACAUAAAGUCUGCAAGGUGUUGCAUAUUAAAGUAUUCUCAUUUUCUUUUUUUUAA